AUGGCCAUGAAGCAGCCUGCAGAGGCAAUAAGACGGCUUCUUCACUGGGACGAGCUGCCAGCCUGGUUGCGCGACAACCAUCACAUCCACACGGGCUAUCGACCCGCAUCGUCUUCCUUCCUAGGGUCUUUCCAGUCCUUGACUUAUAUUCACAAUGAAACGGUCAACAUCUAUUCACAUCUGCUGCCGGCCCUGGUGACUAUACCGGCCGGCUUCCUCCUCUAUCAAGUCCUGGCUCCGCGCUACAGAACAGCAUCCAAUAGCGAUAUCGCCGCCUUUGCGUGCUUCUUUGUCGGGGCGGCCUUCUGUCUAGGCAUGUCCGCAACCUACCAUACUAUUUCCAACCACUCGCCUGCCGUGGCUCGCAUAGGCAAUGCUCUGGACUACGUGGGCAUUGUGAGCCUCAUCACGGGCAGCUUCAUCCCCACCCUGUACUAUGGCUUUUAUUGCGAGCCCUCUCUACGACGCGUCUACUGGACCAUGAUCACCACCAUUGGGUUCAUCUGCACUUUGGUCUGCGUGACGCCGCGCUUCAGAACACCGGAAUGGCGGCCCUUUAGAGCAGCCAUGUUUGUCUCCAUGGGACUGUCUGGCCUCGUCCCAGUGCUCCACGGCUUGUGGUUGUACGACAUCGAGCAGAUGACCUAUCAGAUAGGGCUCGAUUGGCUGCUGCUCCAGGGCUUUCUCUACAUACUGGGCGCAACGAUAUACGCAGCUCGCGUGCCAGAGAGACUGUGGCCGGGAAAAUUCGAUAUACUCGGGAGCUCCCACCAGAUCUUCCACGUCCUCGUUGUGUGUGCUGCAGUGGUGCAUCUGACGGGUCUCUUGCGCGCGUUUGACUAUCGACACAGCGUUGCAGAUGUGUGCUGA